AUGCGUUCUGCACGUGUCGCCUUGAUUCGCGGAUUUUCUGGUCUUCGCGCGGCCUCCGCGAUCGUCGAUGAGUUGAAGCAGGCGAUCUUAAAGCAUCACGAAGUUGAAUUUCCUAAGAUCAAGGAGCUGAAGUCGAAGCACGGUGACGUGAAGCUGAGCGAUGCGACGAUCGGUGCGGCCUACGGUGGGAUGCGUGGUGUGACGGGGUUGGUAUACGAACCGUCGCUACUUGACCCUGUGGAGGGCAUCCGGUUUCGCGGCCUGAGCAUUCCGGAAUGUCAGAAGGUGCUGCCGUGUGCACCCAAUGGAAGCGAGAUGCUGCCGGAGGCGAUCUUUUGGCUUCUGCUUACCGGGAAGCCGCCGACGUCCGAGCAGGCUAAGGCUUUCUGCAAUGAGCUACACCGUCGCGCCGACCCGGAGGCGAUCUUGGCGGCACAGAAGUCUAUCUCCGCGUUGCCAAUCAACACACACCCCAUGACAUCCUUCAGCGUCGGAGUGCUUGCCCUGCAGACGUACUCAAAGUUCGCCAAGGCGUACGCUUCGGGUGAGUCAAACAAGAAGACCUACUGGGAGUAUGCGCUCGAGGACGCGCUCGAUAUUGUGGCGCGCACACCGGCGGUGGCUGCCAUAAUCUACAAUCGCAUGAGGAGCGGUAAGGCGGAGCUGGCCGCCCCGAGCGAGUCCGGGCUUGACUGGGCCGCGAACUUCACCAAUAUGCUCGGCUUCAAGAGUGAAGAGUUCUGGGAUUGCAUGCGCCUGUACUUAUCUAUCCAUGUGGACCACGAGGGCGGCAACGUGUCGGCACACACAACGACGCUGGUUGCAUCUGCACUGAGUGACCCGUACCUUGCAUUUUCGGCCGGCCUGAAUGGGCUCGCCGGUCCGCUGCACGGCCUUGCAAACCAGGAGGUGCUCAAGUACCUCUUCAGCAUGCUUGAACAGUGCCGCCGGGACGGCGUUGGGAUGCAAAAUGAGGCCGAACUCGGGAAGGCGCUCACCAAGUACACGUGGGACCUGCUGAAGAGCGGGCACGUGGUUCCUGGCUACGGACACGCUGUGCUACGUGCGACGGAUCCUCGGUACACGUGCCAGCGCGAUUUCUGUCUCAAGCACUUCCCCGAUGACGACCUCUUUAAGCUCGUCAGCACUAUCUUCAAGAUCAUGCCUGGCAUCCUCACUGAACACGGCAAGACGAAGAACCCCUAUCCUAAUGUCGACGCCCACUCUGGAGUGCUGCUGCAGCACUACGGGAUGACGGAGCAGGACUACUACACGGUACUGUUUGGGGUCUCGCGGCAACUGGGCGUUUUGUCCGGCGUUGUGUGGGACCGCCUGCAGGGCCGACCGUUGGAGCGGCCUAAAUCCAUCACGACGGAGGCGCUCGCCAAGAAGUACUUGGGCAUGUAA